UCUUGGAGUACAAGUCUCCUGGCCUGUUAGGCUGAUCAAUGAGGAAUGAGGAGCUGUAUUCUUCAGAACACUUACUUAUGCUCUGCUGCUUCCAACUGACGAAGGAAGGUCAACACUCACUCUGAGGAAAUGGCAGGCAAGUUUUGGACAUAUCUAGCUUUCUUCUUUCUCCUGGCUAGUCUGGCUGUCAUCAUUACUAUGUCCCUGAUCCAGGGUCAUAAGCGUGUCUUUGAGUCACGUCUGAAGUAUGGCAUAGUAAUCGACUCAGGCUCCUCCCGUUCUACUAUGUAUCUGUAUCAAUGGCCAGCCGAGAAGCAAAAUAACACUGGAGUGGUGAGCCAGACACUCAGAUGCAUGGUCGCUGGCCCUGGUAUCUCGGAUAUGUUAGCUGACAAUGCACAGGACCAACAGUCCUGGGCGUCGAUCAGAGAAUGUAUGAACAACAUCACAAAAAUCGUCCCCGCAGACCAACACAAUUCAACCAUCCUCUACCUUGGGGCAACUGCUGGGAUGAGACUGCUACAUUCACAGAAUGAAACUAAAUCCAAUGAGAUCUUAAAGAACCUGCAGAACUACCUCCAAUCUCUGCCGUUUAACUUCCAAAACGCCUCCAUCAUGUCAGGGGACGAGGAGGGGCUGUACGGCUGGAUCACCGUCAACUAUCUGAUGGGAAACUUCCUGGAGAGAAACAUAUGGAACAUGUGGGUGCGGCCUGCCGGAGGGAAGAUGGUGGGCUCCAUGGAUCUAGGAGGGGCGUCCACCCAGAUAGCGUUCACCCUCCCAGAUCCCAACGCCCAGGGAACAGACAUCAUGCGGGUCUCCCUCUAUGGCUACGAAUACAACAUCUACACUCACAGCUUCUUGUGUUAUGGGAAGAACGAGGCAGAGAAGAGAGUCCUUGCUGCUUUAGUGAAGAACUCUGAGAACGCUACACAUGUGACCAACCCCUGCUUCAAUCUUGGUUACAACAUGACUGUGUCGGCUGAGUCCAUCUUUGGGACUGAGUGCAUAAAAACGCCUGCCGACUAUGACCCCAAGCAGAUGAUCACCCUGAAGGGGUCAUCAGACAACGGAGCCUGUAGGGACGUGGUGAAAUCCAUAUUUGACCUGACCUGCACGAAGAACUGUUCCUUUGACGCAGUCUACCAACCAUCCGUGGGACCCGGGGACUUUCUGGCCUAUGCUGGGUUCUUCUACACUGCUCAGGCUGUUGGGCUGAAAGGUAUUUCACAACUGGACCAGUGGAACUCCUCUACCUGGGAAUUCUGCUCCUGGGACUGGCCCACCCUCACGCUAAAAAAGGGCUGGAUAGCUGAAAAAUACAGAAAGUCCUACUGCUAUUCAGCACAUUACGUCCAGACAUUACUUGUAAAUGGCUACAAGUUCAAUAAAGACACUUGGAAACACAUUGACUUCCAAAAACAGGUACAUAACACAAGUAUAGGCUGGAGUCUGGGCUACAUGCUACAUACAUCUAACAUGAUCCCUGCUGAGGCCAAGCUGGUGCGUCUGCCCAUGGCCAACUCUGUGUUCAGUGGCCUCCUCUUCCUCUUCACCGCCCUCACCAUCGUCAGUGUCAUGUUUCUGAUCAUCAAGGCUGUGCGUGCCUGCUACUGACCCCCACUAGAGGGCAGAGUGUUCAAAUUACAGUUACACCUAGGGUUGCAAAAUUACAGUAACUUUCUCAAAAUGUGUUUUUUCCAGAAAUCCAGGUUGGAAGAUUCCUGGAAUCAGGAGGGAAUGAGCAGGAAAUCUGGGAAUCCUCCAACUUGGAUUUCUAGAAAACCUUGGAAUUUUGGGAAAGAUACAGCAGUUUUUCAUCCAUAGUUACACCUGAUGGAGGAAAGUGCUUCUGGUCCCACCCAGACACAGUUACAGCAGGCAACAAUAGAACAUGGAUAGGAGGAAGGUAUUAUCACCAGAUAUUAUCAUCAUCAGUUAAAGAGAUUUAACAGGAUCUUAAAGCCCACAUGCAGUCUUAUUCAUUUUAUUUUUUAAAUCAACACUAUAAGUCUAAUAAAUCACUGUGUGUUUAUUUCAUGAAAAUAACUCCAAAUAUAUUUGCUAUUAUUUAUUUUCCUGAGCCUCCUUUUGCCAUUGAAAUGCUCAGUCUGAUCGUGUGGGUGUGUUGAUACAAAUGUAAAUAUAUUUACAUACACAUCCCUGAUUGGCAGAUAGGAUCGUCUAGACUCUAGACUAGAGCCUACCCCGCUUACCCCUUCAAAGUAGGAUGAAACAUAUGCAAAUAAAAGUUGACUGGUCAUUGGUCAAAAUAAUCAGAUUGUGAUGUCAUACUGUGGGCCAAAAACUCCCUCCCACCUAAACAGUGUUGUUUUGACCUCAUAGUGUAGAAAUAUAAUUUUUUAAAAGGGGGAAAUCACGUUUUGACUGCACUGCCCCUUUAAGCACUUACAAAAGCAUAACAUAUUGUACAAAUUGAAAUUCGUAACAUAUCAUAUGCAUUGCAGGGGAAUAAAAAAAAUCAUUUUGCAAGAGGUAUCAUAUCAUACAAAAGGGAUACAAUUGUACACAAUUGUGCAACAUUUUCGGGGUAUUUUGGGGUACUUUGAAAACUACUGGCUGAAAUUAUACAAAACAUAAUAAUGUAUCUUAAGCUGUCAAAAGGAUCUCCAUUCCAUGUGUUUGAGUGUUUUCAGUGAGAAGAUACACUUGAGGGUCAGUAAUGCAUUAUAAGAUCUUGUUCGGUGCUUUAGGCUCAUCCCAAACAGACGAAUGAGACAAUUCUAAGAGAUUCAGUGACUUCAAACGCUCAAUUGGUCUUUAAAGUAUGAUAAAAGAGAACUAUUAAUUGCAUAAUGAACUGCUGAGCAAAAAUGAUCGCCGUUUGCACUAAGUCAUCAGCUAUACAGUACUGGAGAUCAGGAGGUUGAAUUAAGGUUGAAGGUAGCAUGGUAAACACCUGAAAUGACUAAAAUCUCUUUAUUACAUAUUUUGCUGGAUGGCAUGGCAUUGUCGGUUAUCUACCUCCGAGAUCUUGCAUGUUUCUCGUCUGAUGUACUAUAUCAGCAAAUCCUUGUCAUGCGGUCAUUUUUUGUUGGUUGAAUGUUCCAUAUUAACAAUAAACUGAACAUUACCCAUGA